CUCUGGCUGUGGUCUGAAGUAUUGAAUCGUUGCGCGGCCAUUUUUGAGUCGAGAAAUUCGCAGCUCGCUCGCGUCGGCAAACGCUGGAGCUGAAACGACGCGAUAACGAACGGAAAACAUGCGUCUUUACCAAACCACGCGCUUAAAACGCGCCUGGGCCGGAAAGGUAACGGCGUGCAGGGUUAAGGAAAGUUACAAAACAGCGAGUGCCGCGGGUUCCAGGUGUUUGUUGGGUCUGAAGUUUGCACGCACAGGUGUGUCUGGACCGCGUUACCUGCACAAGGUAAAGACGGAUAUCUGGAAUGGGUGCAAACCGCUGGUUUAUGCGCCAGGCUUGACUUUUGGCACGUACGGGCGACAUUUUAUUCGUGCGUUUUCGUCCAAAUACGCGUAUGAAGAGGCGUUUGGCCUGGCACGUGACCGCCCCGAGAAGUUCUGGAGCGAGGCGGCGAAAGGUAUCACUUGGUUUGAAGAGUGGAGACAGACUCUGGAUGAUACGGAUACUGUGUUUCCAAAAUGGUUUGUUGGCGGAAAGCUGAACAUGUGUUAUAAUGCUGUCGACCGGCACGUGGAGAACGGAAGAGGCGAUCAAGCGGCAGUCAUUCAUGACAGUCCGGUUACUGGCACUAAACAGCUCAUCACGUACAGAGAAGCGCAGGAGCAGGUGUCCAGGUUGGCGGGUGUCCUGGUGAGGCACGGUGUGAAGAAGGGUGACCUGGUGGUGAUUUACAUGCCUAUGAUCCCUCAGGCCAUGUUCGCCAUGCUGGCGUGUGCCCGUAUUGGUGCCACCCACAGUCUCAUAUUCGGAGGGUUUGCCUCCAAAGAGCUCUCUGUCCGCAUUGACCAUGCUAAGCCCAAGUUGCUGGUGACAGCAUCAUUUGGCAUCGAGCCGGGCAGAAGAGUGGAGUACAUUCCCCUGGUGCAGAAAGCUCUGGAGCUCAGCAGUCACAAACCACACAAAGUCCUCAUCUACAGCCGUCCCAGCAUGGAAAAGGUGUCUAUGCGUCCUGACCUGAGUUUGGACUGGGAGGAGGAAAUGGCCACCGCCCGUCCUCACGACUGUGUGUCCGUCCCCGCUCGUCAUCCUCUGUACGUCCUGUACACCUCCGGCACUACUGGCGCUCCUAAGGGUGUAGUCAGAGAUUCAGGAGGAUAUGCUGUGAUGUUAAACUGGACUAUGUCUAAUGUUUACGGACUGGCUCCUGGCGAGGUCUGGUGGGCAGCGUCUGACCUCGGCUGGGUGGUGGGCCACUCAUAUAUCUGCUACGGACCACUUCUACACGGCAACACCACUGUGCUCUAUGAGGGCAAACCUGUGGGGACCCCGGACCCCGGGGCCUUUUUCCGUGUGAUGUCGGAGCAUGGGACGGCCUCCAUGUUUACCGCUCCCACUGCUAUCAGAGCCAUUCGUCAACAAGACCCUCAGGCACAACACGGGAAACGGUACCCACUCAGCAGGCUGAGGAACUUGUUUGUAGCCGGGGAACGCUGUGAUGUAGAGACUCUGGAAUGGGCCAAGAGGAGUUUUGGAGUCCCAGUGCUGGAUCAUUGGUGGCAAACUGUCACUCUUGCUCACUCGCUCACUCUUCCUGCUGUUCUCAGCUCUCCCGUAGCAUCUGGCUCCACGACGGAUGACGAACAAGUCUGUGUUCUAUUUGUGAACGCUUUGCUCUGUGUCAUGCUGUCGUCUACUGAUAAAAGUGGCUCUUCCAUCACUGCAUCCUGCGUGGGUCUGGGCUGCUCACGCACUCCCCCCGCUGGUACAGCCGGUAAAGCCGUGCCCGGAUACAACGUGACAGUGAUUGAUGAUGAAAUGCAACAGGUGAAACCAAGGACUCUGGGAAAUAUCGUGGUGAAGCUUCCUCUGCCUCCCGGGGCGGCUCUCAGUCUCUGGCAGAAUCAGACGCUGUUUAAGGAGCUGUACUUCUCCAAGUUUCCUGGUUACUAUGACACCAUGGACGCGGGUUUUGUGGACGAGGAGGGCUUCUUGUACAUCAUGUCUCGGUCCGAUGACGUCAUUAACGUGGCGGGUCACAGGUUGUCCACCGGUGCCCUCGAAGAGUCUGUCCUGCUGCACCCCUCCGUGGUGGACUGUGCUGUGGUGGGACUGGAGGACCCCCUGAAGGGACACGUCCCACUGGCUUUGUGUGUGCUCCGAAAUGACUGUCAGAAGAGCGAGGAUGUGCUGGCGAGCGAGAUGGUGAAACUGGUGAGGGACACCAUCGGGCCGGUGGCGGCUUUUAAGAAAGUCGUCUUUGUCAAAGCUCUUCCCAAAACCCGCUCUGGAAAAAUUCCACGAUCCACUCUCGCCAAGCUGGUGAACCACAAGCCUUAUAAGAUCAGUCCCACCAUAGAAGAUCCUGAAGUGUUUAAAUACAUUGAGAAGGUGCUUAGAGAAACUGUGAAAGAACCUGGGACGUACAAACCGUCGAAGUGUCUGAUAUAACCAAAAGACGGGAGGUGGAGGGCUGUACAACAGACGUCCCCCGCGUCUCGAACGGAAACAUUUUUACACCAAAGUAAGUCACAGCAAGUAAGUCUACUUUCACUACGAGCUAAGCCUGUCCUUCAGCGGUUUGUUCGGACACUCUCCAAACGAGGCCAGCCUAUCGGCAAACAGGCGUGGCGAGAGAUUUGCGUUUCGUAGUCCAAGACGAGCGCUCCGGCGGUACAUUUUGUGCUACUCAUGACGGGAAACAAUUGGCGUUUUACGUUCUUUUUUUUUUUUUUUUUUUUUU